AUGCAUGGCCUAGUGCCUGCUAGCGCGCGGCGGCCCUACCGCGAGCGCACGCACGCACUCGGUGUUGACAAACAAAGCCGCCGACGACCGUCGACCGUCAUCAACACCACGUCCCAGCCAUGGCUCGCUCGCGAUACAGCCUCGCGCCCCAGGCCACACCCGCCAAGGGGACAAAGUAGGCCGCCAAAACACGCUUCCCUGCCCACCGCCCCGCUGACUGCCUCCAGGGUCCCCCUCAACGACGACGACGAGGAGCGCGCCAAACGCCGCCAUGCCUUCGCCGAGCAGCAGCGCAACUCGCUCAGGGCCUCGUCCACGCCCGUCGGCAAGAAGGCGCGUCGCUCGCUGGCUGCCAGUGUCAUCGACCCCCACACGCCCACCCACGACCUGGACCACGACCACGACAUGCCUGAUGUCGCCGGCAGCGCCGUCACCCCCAUGAAGCGCGUCAUGCCCCUGGCCUCCAACUUCGAGGACUGGAUCAAGAUGGCCACCGACAACAAGAUCAACGCCGCCAACUCGUGGAACUUUGCCCUCAUCGACUACUUCCACGAGAUGUCGCUGCUGAAGGAGGGCGACGGCGUCAACUUCCAAAAGGCCAGCUGCACCCUCGACGGCUGUGUCAAGAUCUACACUAGCCGAGUCGACAGCGUCGCCACCGACACGGGGAAGCUGCUGAGCGGCCUGGCCGAGAACGGCAACAAGAAGCGCCGGGGCGCUGACGAGGACGGUGAAGACGGCGACGAUGGCGAGGGAGAGGAAGGCGAAGACGGCCAGAAGAAGAAGCGCAAGCGCGCAGUGCGAUCAGCCGAGGCAACGCUAGCAACCUCUUUUGAGCAGCUCCAGAACAAGAAGAUGGACCUGGAGUUUGCGCAGGAUCCGCUGUUCAAAAAGGCCACCGCCGACUUCGACGAGGGCGGCGCCAAGGGCCUGCUGAUGAACCACCUCGCCAUUGACGCAAAUGGGAGAAUCGUCUUCGACAGCAGCGACGACGCAGGUGAUGCGCCUGCAAAGGACGCACGAGACGCCUCCGCCCCAGGAGAGACACCACAGCCUGAAGACGACGACGACGACGACGACGAAGACGAGGCCUCGAAUGACAUCGACAUUGACAUCUCUGGACUCGCCGCAAAAUACUUCCCCAACCUCGCACUCCUCGACGAGCAGGACGUGUGCCCCUCCAUGAAAACCUUCGAUCUCGGCGACGUCAACGGAUCCAUGGACCUGCCAUUCCUCAAGGCCCCCGAAGACUGGCGCCAGGACGACAAGGACGACGCAGAGGAGGAAGCAGGAAACGUCUCUGGCGUCUUCCUUGACGACGACAAUGCCGGCGGCUUCGACGACGACGACAACAUGGGUGGGUUCGACAUGCCUCCCGACGUCGGCUUUGGCGAAGGAGGAGAAGUCUGGGCACAGGAGCUGGCCCUCGUCCCCAACGCGCGCGUGCACGACAACGACGUAGCCGAGGGCGACGAGGAGGCGGGCGACGGUGGAAACGGCGAGGGUACCGACGAGCAGCAAUACACUCUCACCAUGAACCACGCUCGCGAACAGGAGCACGAGAACAUCCUGAGCUACUUCGACCAAGCCCUGAAGAAGAACUGGGCUGGGCCCGAGCACUGGCGCAUCCGACGCGUCAAGGAGGCCGGCAAAACGGCGCCCGUCACCAAGAGAAAAGAGAAGGAGCCAUUCGAGAUUGACUUUAUGGCUCCCAUGUCCCAGGAGCUGGCCAACGCCCUAUACACACCUGCUGCGUCCGCGGCUGCAAUCUCGUUACCAAAAGCACAGUGGACGUCCAAGACCAGAAACUUGCUCCCCGACGACAAACACUUCAACUCGAAGAACCUGCUGCGCUUGUUCCUGAAGCCCAAGGCCCGUUUCGGGUCACGGCGGGUGCAAAAGCAACCACAGAGUCUGGCUCGAAAAGAGGAGGCAGCCAACGGCGAGGUGGACGAAGCCUUCUGGGCCAACCGUGCCAACGAAGAGGCUGCUGCCGACGAAGACGACGCUGUAAAAGGCAACUACGAUGCCGACUUCUUCAACGACGACGCGCUGCCCUUCGCCGGUGGGUUCGCAGACGACGACGCCUUCGCAGACGCGCGCGACCACUUCUCGCCACCACCGACGCAGCUCCCUCUCGGCACGCAGGCCACGGACAUGCCGAGCUCGCAAGCCAACGCCUUUGGUGCAGACCUCAUCACCCAGAGCCGGCGUUUCCGACCCGAGUACGUGCAGUACGCACGCGUAGCGAAGAAAGUCGACGUCAAGCGCCUCAAGGACGAGCUAUGGACCAGCAUGGGGCUGAAAGAAGUGCGUCCCCUCCCACUCAUUGCAACAUCCCCAACUAACAACCCCCAGGCGACCACACCUCCGGCCGCAGACGACCCACCAACGCCAGCACUCGACAGCCCCCUCAACUUCACCGACGUCGUCAACAACCUCAAGCAAGUCUACCCGCAGAAAGCGCUGGCGGACAUCUCGACCAGCUACUGCUUCAUCUGCACGCUGCAUCUCGCCAACGAGCAGGGCCUCGUCAUCGAGAACACCGAGAAUUUCGAGGACCUGACGAUCCGGCGAGACUUUACUGCUGAUUUGAGCGUGGGGAACUAA